GUUAUACAGCUAGUGGCAGUUUCUUUUUAAUCGUAGCAGGAAAGGUUUGCUUGUUUGAAGCUUAAAUGCCAUAAAUAAUGCCAGCCUUCAAUGUUCAUGUUUUAGUUGCCUGGUUUUAUGCUGAGCACUCAAUAUUUCCAAAUUUUUUUGAUUUUUACUAUGUUAAGCAAUAGUUAUUUUGGACGCAAUUAAAGAUUUUAUAUUAGUUUUGCUACUUGGCAUACUUGAUCAUUCAAAAUGGUGCAGAAAUAUCAGUCACCAAUUAGGAUAUACAAAUACCCAUUUGAGCUUGUGAUGGCGGCUUACGAAAAACGUUUUCCAACAUGCAAAAUGAUUCCAGUCUUCCUUGGCAGUGAUACAACUUAUGAGUACAAUAGUGAAGAUGGUGCUGUGUACAUCAUUGAAAGACGUUGCAGAUUAAAUGUUGAAGCGCCUUAUUUGUUAAAGAAGAUCAUAGGUGUUGAUGUUGUUUACUUCAUUCAAAAGAACACUUUGGAUCGUCGUGCAAGAACGUUAAAAAUUGAAGCUUAUAACGAGAGUUUUGCUAAUAGAGUUGUUAUUAAUGAAAACUGCCUAUAUUCCGUUCAUCCAGAAAAUCCUGAAUGGACUUGCUUUGAACAAUCAGCAAGCUUAGAUGUAAAAUCAUUUUUCGGUUUUGAAAAUGCUGUUGAAAAGUUGGCCAUGAAACAGUAUUCUCUUAAUAUAAAGAAGGGUAAGGAAAUUAUUGAAUAUUAUAUUGAUGAGCUUCACUCAGAAGGAGUUACAUACAUUCCGCCAUUUAAAGAUAAGGAAGGAGUACCAGCUGUUGAAGUUACCGAAGCUGAAGGUGCCUGCAGUGUUAGUUCUUCCAGAAACAACAGCCUAACACAAGCUCAUGGCAUGGUCACAACAGGUUCAUCCCAAGAAUCACAUCAAACUGCAGAUGCAAAUUUCAAAAUUGAGUCUGAAUACAUCAAAAGAUAUCUUGGUGAACUGACUCCUUUCCAGGAAUCGUGCCUUGUACAGUUAAAAAAAUGGAUGGCUGAUGCACACCAGGGAAAAGUUCCAAGCGACCAAACAUUGAUGCGGUUUCUACAAGCUCAAGAUUAUAAUUUAGAGAAAGCUCGUGAGAUGCUUUGCCAUUCUCUUGUAUGGAGAAAGAAAUAUCAAGUUGAUCGUAUAUUCUCUACCUAUGAUCCACCUCCUGUUAUAAAACAAUAUUUUCCCGGCGGAUGGCACCAUUUUGAUCGUGAUGGAAGGCCUAUGUACAUAUUACGUCUUGGGCAAAUGGAUGUGAAAGGCUUCAUAAAAUCAAUCGGGGAAGAAGGUUUAAUGAAAGUGACAUUGCAUGUGUGCGAAGAGGGAUUAAAAAGAGUAGAGGAAGCGACUCGAACAAUGGGUAAACCAGUAAGUUCUUGGACAUGUCUGCUGGAUUUGGAGGGCCUUAACAUGCGUCAUUUGUGGCGACCUGGCGUCAAGGCACUUUUGCACAUAAUUGAAAUUGUAGAGGCAAACUAUCCAGAAACAAUGGGCCGAGUUCUGAUUGUUCGUGCACCUCGUGUCUUCCCCAUCCUCUGGACACUUGUUAGCACCUUCAUCAAUGAUAACACUCGCUCAAAAUUUAUAUUUUAUGGUGGAAAUAAUUAUCAAGGUGCUGGUGGAUUAUUUGAUUUUGUAGAAAAAGCUUAUCUGCCGGAUUUUCUUGGAGGCGAUAGUGAAGCUAAAAUGAGCGAAGGUGGUCUAGUGCCCAAGUCUUUUUACAUGUCUGUUGAAGAAUACGAGAAAGAGAAGGCAGAAGGAAAUCAUUUAUUUGAUGAUUCUAUGUAUCAUGUAAUUUCCCUUCUUAAAGGCCAGUUUCAUGAGGUUGUGCUCGAUAUCACUGACAAAGGAAGCGUAAUUUGCUGGGAUUUUGAUGUUAUGAAGGAUGAUGUUUCAUUCAGUGUCUUUCGAACCCAGCAGCCUGUUCCUCAGCCCGAAAAAGAAUUAAACGAAGAAGAAUUGCAGGGCUGUGGUCAUCCAUCCUUGCCAUUAAACAUGCUCAGCUUGGAUGUCCCAGUUCAUAGUGUGAUACCCAAGCAAUGGGUCCUUGGGAAGGAUUAUCAUACUGUAGAGCCUACACUGGUUUGUAAAGAUGGAGAAAGUGUUCAGGGCUCUCAUGUAACCAGAAUAGAAGGCACUUAUAUUUUACAAUGGAAGCAUGUGGAUACAGUGCAUCAUCAUUCCUUUGAUUUUCCUCUGACCUCUCAUAAAUCCAAGGUUAUGUAUUACUAUGAGGUGCUAAAAUCUCAGGACUACAAGGGAUCCAUGUCAAGCCUUCAAUCAUCCCAUAGUGGUACAACAUGCACAUCUACUGGGGAACAGUCUGGAAUCAGUUCUUGCCCUUCAAGAUGAUAAUAGUUUUUCCAGAGUCAUCUUACAAAAAAGAAUUAGAAAAGUUAUAGGAUUGAAUGUGGUAGACUUUGGCUAUUUUAUAGUGACAUAAAACGUGAUUAUAAAUUAUUUUUUCAUGAUGAUUUAAAUUAUAUGUUUCAUGUAUGAGCUUCUUAGGAAAUAGAAAAAAAAAUGUUAUAUAAAUUUACUUUAAAUAAAAAUUAUGAAGUGUAAUAUUUGCUAUUUCAUAAUUAAAGUUUUAAAUUAGUUCAGAUUUGCUUUUAUAAAAUUCAUGGUAAAAGUUAAUGAAAUGUUCUUAGAGAUGUGUCAGCUAAGCAGAAUCGUGACUUUUACUAUGUAUUUUUUUACAUCUUAUUUUUUAUUAGGUUAGACAAACUUUAUAAAGUUAAAUCAAAGUUUUCUGAUACAAUGAAUGAAGUUAACUAUGAACUUUUUGGUUUUAUAUGCAUACUUAUUUCUCCUGGUGAUUUUUCUUUCUUUUUUUAAAAAUUAUACUAUUCUAUUCUGGUGAAUUUUCUUUGUUAUCAUUAAGUUUCUGAAUAUUUAUGAAUUAAGAAAGUAAUAAAGCCUUUGCUGUUACUUCAUUUUGUGUCAGAUAAUUACAUGGUAUUAACAUCCGUUUGGACUUUUAUUACUUGCCUACUUCAUUUGAAUGUUAAUAUUUUUCUUUGCUAAUCUUGCUUUACAUUUAGCAUUUAAUCUCCAAAUGUCUACCACCUGUUUGUUUUUGUACUAGAAAAAGUAGGUGUAAGAAAUUACUGAAUAGUGCAUAUUUUUAUGAAUGUUACAGAUGUGUUUUAUGAAUACGCCUGUAAAAUUUUGCUUACCUAGAAAUAAGUGACUUGUUCUUCUGAAUAAAAAUAUCAAAGAAAAAAAAUUAUGUACUUAUAGCAGAAAAAGAAAAAGUAAUCUAAAAAAAGAAGAACUAUUGCAUAUCAAUUUUUAUUUGGCAUCAAAGUGUUCCUAUUAGUUUUAUAAUAUUGUUAUCACGAGAGUCGAAUUUUGAAAAACAAUUAACUAAUUUUGGACUAUCUCAGGGGAAACACAUUUUGUUCUGCACAUGAGAGUUGACCUAUUUACCUAUUUCAUCAAAACUAUAGGUCAAAAAAAAAAAAAAAAAAAUUUGUUUAAGGAAUCAUAAACAUAUUUGCAAUUACUUAUGCAAAAAAUUUUGUUCAUAACCUUUUAAAAUUACUAUUUUUGAAUGAAAUAUAUUAGCAAUUACAUGCAGAACAAAAUGGCGAUUUUUCUGUGUAAUGUUCCCUUUUGAGUUUAAAUACAAAAAUAUGAACAAGUUUACUUUGUCUUUGGAUAGUAAGUGCUUUGCUAAGUUAUUUGUAAUUAUAAAUUUGCUUUUAGAAAUAUAAUGGAUCAGCUAGAUAGCAAUUUAAAAGAAACAGGGUUUCCAACAAAACAUGAAAAUCUUGGAGUGAUUGUGUUGCUUAAAAAUAUUAACUAAGUGAGAAUGCAAAAAUACUUCAAAACAAAAACAGAAGUUUAAAAUUUUUUUUGCAGUUUUCAUCAGGUCAAUAGGAUAUAAGUUAAGUGAAUUGUUCAACUUAAUACACUCCAAGAUCUUUUUUUUUCUUUCGUAAUAUGUCUUGAAAUUCAGGAAAACUAAGAAAUAUUUUUUGAUGGAAGCCUAGAAAGAUGUCAAGAAAAUCGUGAAAUUUGCUCAUUUGACAACCAUCUUAUUGUCCAUUUUUAUUACAUGAGGUAAAAUGUUAUUUAUACCAUUGUGCAUGGUAAAGACUUGGGCAUUAGAUCAUACAAAGUACUACAGUCAAGCAAUAUGCAUUUCUUCUAUUUUUUCGAUAUUCUUUAUGUCAUCCUAUUUGGGUGAAACACUUAACUUUGCUUUGGCACUCUCCAUUUUUACAUAAAGGACUAUCUAAAUAGUACUUAGUGCUUGGAAUUUUUUAUUUGCUUUUAUACAUCGCUUUUUAAUAUUCAGUAGAAAUGUUGCUUAGCUUGUGAUGGAAACCAUAUUGCAUGUAACACUUUGAAUUCAAAUGUAUAUAUAUUUCAUGCAUACAUCAAUAUUUUUAAUUAUUUGCAAGAUGCUAUUGGCUUUAAGUCCUUUUUUUUAAUGUUUUUCAUAUGUUGUGACUUGUGUUCAAAUAUUUGAAUAAACAUAUAUUGACUUUACAGAAAUUGCAAUUCUGUGUAUACACAAAGUUGUACAAUUUCUUUUAACUUGCUUUUGUAAUGCUUUUGUUUUGGUACCCUUCAGUUAACAUGUUUUUCUUAAUUUCUAGCUAGUAUAUUAAUGUGUUGUAAAAAUGCAGAUUCAUGGGUAUGAUAUAAAUAAUGAAUAAGCUCAUUAAUAUGUAAAAUUGGCAUGAAUGUAUAACAUUUCCUUUUCACAAUUUUAAUUAUUUGACCAGUUUUUCAAUAGCCAAGAAUAUUUGCAAAUCUGUAUUUAUAAUGCAGCGCUGAAUCUUUCUUAAAAUUCAAAUAACAUUAUUGUUACAAAAAACUGCAAUGUUCAUGUUAUCUUACUAUGAAUAAACUAGUUACAGCAGAGAAAAACUUUUGUUUUCUAAACUCUUCCAAACAAACAGAUUGUAAAGUAAGAAUAAUAAGAAGCUAUCUGCAUUUUAGCAUCAUAAUAGAAACUUUUUAUUACUUGAUAUCUUUUGUUUUUGUCUCACUUUACAAAUAGUUUUAGUAACAAGUUUAGUAGUGCAAGAGACUAUGAUUACUAUCAAGCAUAAUAUAACAUAUAUGCAAAUAAUUAGUAUAUGCUACAGUAUAAUUUUGUUAAUUGUAAUAGUUAAAGUAAUUUGAUCCAUUUCACAUUUAAUUGAAGUAAGUGUGUAACUUUCAUACUUUUUAGUAGUUUAGAAUAUGCCUUUUCUGUUAAUUUUGAUGUUCCUUACUGACAAGCAUUUUAAUGUUUCUAAGUUCACAUUAUGCUAAUUUUCUUGCUACUUUGUGUACACACAGCACAUUGUGAUUUCUGGAAUGAAAACCAAACAAGUUCAAUAUGAACAAGAUAUUUUUAGUGUAUGUCACUAUUUUCAUUGUAUGGUUUUAUGCUGUAUCCAGUGAAGCUCCUCAGGUAAUACUGUAGAGCAGUUUUAAAACGAUUAUCAUGUGAUAUGUAAACAAACAUUGAUUUUCAUGUUGUUUUUUCAUUUUUGUUAAGAUUUUCCUAUAAAGCAUAAAAACGUUUCUGAAUG